AUGAAGCACGAACGCGCAACGCUUCCGACACCGACUUCGUCCAACUCCUUCUGGCACAGCGAACCGAAUGAGUUCUUAAUCGGUCACCGCACAACGGAGGAAUUACCUGCCGAAGCCGACAUUGUUAUCGUGGGAUCUGGUAUAACUGGCGCGAGUGCAGCCAGGUAUCUUUCUGAGGAUAAGAGGGCUGCCGGCAAGAGCAUUGUUCUACUCGAGGCCAGAGAGGCGUGUUGGGGCGCCACAGGAAGGAAUGGUGGACACUGCCAACCCCUCCUCUUCGAUCGAAGUAGCGACGUAGCCGAGUUCGAACUCAAGAACGUCGCUGCAGUGCGAUCCUACAUUCAUGACAACGGCGUGCCUUGCGAGUGGCGCGAUGUAACUGGCUGCCGCACAUUCUGGACUGAAGAGGCAAUGAACGAGGCCGAGAAGGAAAUUGAACAUCUUGGGAAGAUAGCACCUGAAAUUGCACGCCAUGUCACGAUUAUCAAGGACAAGGAGGAUCUCAAGAAGCACCGUGUCGCACCUGACUGUGUUGGAGCGACGCUAAGUGAAGGUGCUGCGAGUUUAUGGCCAUACAAGCUAGUUACAUUCAUUCUCAAGAAGCUUAUCGAGAAUGACCAGCUCAACCUACAGACCAAGACUCCCGUCACUGAGAUUACUUCGUCAGAUGGUACGCAUACCCUCCACACACCCCGUGGCACCAUCAGCAGCAAGACAGUCAUUCUCGCAACCAACGGCUACACAUCAGCUCUCCUACCUCACUUCGCCGAUCUCAUUGUGCCUUGUCGGGGUGAGAUGUCUGCCCUUUUCCCACCUGCAGGAUCUACCCUUAUACCAGACUCGUACGGCAUGGUUGCAGCUCUUGGUCAACCAGCUAACAAUGACGACUACCUUAUCCAGCGCCCAUUCGAGGGCGUCCCAAACCCCGCUGGUCACUUGAUGUUCGGUGGCGGCCGCGGAGCUGGACACUAUCCAAGCAUAGGCAUCUCGGAUGACAGCGUGAUUGAUGAAGGCUCUGCUGCAUAUCUCCGCGGUGCGCUGUUGAAGGUUUUACAGUUGGACGGACAGACUGAAGGCCUGACUGAACUCAAAGCCGCGGCACAGUGGACUGGCAUCAUGGGCUAUUCUCGUGAUGAUCAUCCGUGGGUUGGCAAGGUGCCGGAUAGGGAAGGCUUGUGGCUAGCCGGUGGGUACACAGGACACGGUAUGCCGAAUGGUACAUUGUGCGGGAAGGCAAUUGUCGACAUGGUACUCGGCCAAAACGACGGCAAAGAUCUGGCCGUUGUGCACGAGGAGAUGGUUCAGAAGGGUGACAUUCCCAAGAGCUACAUUUUGACAAAGGAAAGGAUCGACCGAGCAAGGCAGAUGCUCACAGUACAGCAACAGGACUCACAGGGCGUACAUAUGAACGGUGUUGUGUAG